AUUUCCUGGAAAAUUGAGCAUUCGUCGGCCUAGAAACGGUGCGCCGGCAGUCGCAGUUUCAGAUUCCUUUCCUUGGUUCCCCACACCUGAAAGAAGAUCCGGUUGCUGACUUUCCUAAGCCCGACGCCGACGCCUUCUUCCGGAGCUCCUCGCCUUCUCGGGGCAUCAAUGUGCUGAAAAUCCACAACGUUACGCUACCCAGAAGGACGGGCACUAUGGGAAUACGCAUCGAUUCCUUGAGAUGUUCGCUAAUCGCAAUUCCUCUGCUCAUUCUCGCGUCGUCAUUCCACUCCGCCUCGGCCGGUCCCUGCGAAGUCAGUUAUUUCAACGGCCGCCAGAUUUUCAACUUCAGCUUGACUGCUCCUAUCGCAGGAUUUCCCCACGGCGUCCUCAGCGAAGAUGGGUACUAUAAGGUUGCGGAGAAUGAGAGUGUGCUCUGGUUUCAGCUCUGUGAUGGAAUGAUAUUUAAUCACAACCCACCUAGAUGUGUUGGCUGUCAGGACUGUGGUGGGCCAUCUCACUGUGGCAGUGGAUGUAGUGCACUUGUUGCCAAUAAUAUCGGUGGCUAUGAUGUGUGCAGCACUAUUGGCGGUGUUUCUAGCACUUCUGCUGACAUCAUGGAUGAACAAAAUCCCCAGAAGGGUGUCAUAGUUAAGAUCUCAAGUCUUGAUACUAAGGAAAACUGUUCACUCUCUGUCUCUGUCAUCUGUAAUUCAUCUGGACUCACAGGGCCCCUUGGACUGCAGAAGUCAGGGACCUGUGACUAUGCUGCAGUAUUACAGCAUCCAUCGGGGUGUGCUACAGUUGUAUCUGUUCAUGGCAAAGGAUUGGGCUGGUUUGCUACCUUGAUAAUAAUUGUCUUGUGUGUUUUUGGAGCUUAUAUGUUAGCUGGUGCAGUUUAUCGGCAUUUCUUCCUCGGGAUACAUGGAUUUGAUGUGAUGCCGAACUUGGAUUUUUGGAUCACAUUACCUCAGAGGACACAGGGCUUCUUCGCCUCUUUGGUUCGAAGAUUCAGAGGACCCACGGAGAGCUAUCGUGAUUCCUAUUCUCCUGUCAACUUUUAGCAACAUCUGGGAUUCAGCUUUAACCGGCGCUUUUUCAAGUAUGUCCACGCAAUCUCAAUCUUAGGUAGUUUACUUUGACUAGAGGAUAGCAAGCAGCUGGUAGGGUGUAGAUAGAUGGUUUCCUUGAAGAAGUAAGACUAUGGAAUUGGAAACCCUCUACUUUUUCGACUUCUAAUUCAUACCAUGUACCGUACGUACAGCAGGAUAUCCAUGUCUUUUUGCUCAUUGCUCAUUCCCAACACGGCUAUCCUGCUUACAAGACUGGGUGUAUACUCUUGCUUGCACUGUCCGAUCGCCCGGCCACCCGCGUGUUUGAAGCUGUUAGAUCAACCCGUAGGCAGGUUAUAUACAGAAACGUCACUACGUUAUCCAACAGCAGAAAGCACAUGGAUGAGUGAUCAGAUGGUGUAAGCAAGAGGAUACACACACCGGUCAUAAGCAUUCAAUCCGAAUUCACUUGCUUCUGCUAUCCUCCUUCCCAUCAUAUCAAGGUGGUGUAAUUUGUGUAGACAGACCUUGUAGAAUUGAAGUCUUAGUCUCUUCUUUCACUUGCCGCUGUUUUAUAUGUUACUUGGAUGUUAAGAUUCAUGAACUGAUGCCAUAGCUGCAGAAAACUCCUUUUGAUGCUUCAUUUCUCACACUUCCAAUUCCAACACAGAUUCUCUUGACCCAACAUUGAUACCGUCUGACCAACCCUUGAUACUAGUAGCUCGAUCUUAUGGCGAGGAGCAUCCGAAUGACCGUUUUAUCCUGAUCACCAGACUUGCAAGAACCCAUUUUCCUUGUGUCAUGUGGUAAAUUUCUCCAAUAUUCAUGGAAGAUCUGGAGUCGCACAAAUCCAAUCUCUUAAUUUGUCAACCAACAGAGAAGUUUGUUUCCAGAUGAAUGAGAGAGCUUUCCUUAGAAACAAAGAAUUGCAGAGUUGCAGUUAAUCAACAGCCAUGGGGUAGCCUUAUCAGUAUUAAGGAAUCAAUAAUUAUAUUCACACAAGGUGCUCGAUUGGUAGG